CCAAGGGAUGGUUGGGUGCAGGUCUGUUUGCUAGUAUAAGGGCUUGUCGACCGCCUCUGUGGAUCAUACUGCUUUUGCUCCGCUCGAUUUCCUGUAUCAUUUAUUGAUAUUAUUGCUCGAAGAUCUGGUAUCUUUGUGUUGUUUACUUUACAUUCUUGACCUGGCAUGUCCUCCAUGGACUGUCAUAACGCAAACAUGGACAUGAAAACGAAUUAUCCUCAUCACCAAUAUGCCUUGUCGACUAAUAAUAUUCCAACGUACGCAAACAGGAGCAUUCCCUCAUACUACGUAACAGAUGAAUAUCCCACAGCUCAAGGAAGCAUCAUGGCUCAUCCUCGUUAUUCCCCAACUGUGCAGCCCUGGAGAAGACAACAACCGCAGAGCUCUCUUUCCUUCAUCCCUUCAACGUCUCCUCAGCCAGAGCAAGCUGAGUACACCACGGCGCAACCAAAACGAUCAGCAGACCGCGUUUCUCCUGCUCCUGUCUCACCAUUUCGAUCUGUCCGGAGAAUGAAGCAACCCUUCCAGCUACGCCUACCGUCGUCUCCCUCGCUGGAGAGUAUUAAAUCUGCUGCGAGAGAGUCUAGGCUAUCUCGAACCCCGUCGGGAAACCAAACGCUGAGGACUUGGCGAUCAGAUCAGAACCUCACAACGACAAGCAUGGAAACAUUUGGGCUUCUCCCUAGCCCUCCAUUAUCGGACUCGAGAGUGUCACACCCGUCCCCAUCUUCUGCAUAUUUCUCCCCUAAACCCGAAUCUGAUCUAGACACUGAACAUGGGACACCAAAGAGCAGCAUAUAUACACCAACGAGUGAGGUCUACGGCGUUCCUAGGAACGAGGAGCCUCCAAGAAGAGCAGAUGAAACAACGAAUGUGCGCAUGGCACACUCGAAUUUAAUGAAGCAAUAUGGGUCCGAUGAUGGGAAGUUGACGCCGAUUUCUACUGACUCGCCACGGACCUCACCAUCGGCCGUCUCACCGGAUAUAGGCAUCUGUGGAAAAAGAAGCUUUUCCAGAUCAUCUAUAGGGUCACAGCGAAGCAGGUCGGGGACCAUGUCGAGUGAAGGAAGCUGGGUUCCAAGUAGCCUUUCUUAUUGUGAGACAUGGCUCCAACGCGCCCCUGUCGAGGUAGAGACUGUGGGAGAGAGGUCAAAAGAAAGCAACAGAAGAAGAAUUCAAAUAGUCCAAAGUCACCCGCCUCCUGAGCGUAGACGUGAGAUGAGGGCCCCAGCGGACGAACCAGUGAUGUUUGCUGUUGCCAGCAAAACGAAACCAAAACUGGUUGAUAUCGCCCGUCAAUCUUCUCCUGCUAUGAGCUAUUCCAUCCCAACUCCGCCACAGCGUCCAAUACCUUCCACGCCGGAUCAAGGCCACCUGGAAAUAUCCGCUUUCAGUCCUGAUACACCAUUGGAAAUGUCAGACAGUGGAUAUGUCACGAGCGGUCCUUCCUGUAACUCACCAGGCGACUACAAACAAGAUAAGGAUGACGACUUCACCGACGUCAGUUCGAUAGGGAGCGUUAGUGAGACAGUUGUCUGCGACAAAACCUCGAGUAGCAUGACUUUGUUAGGCCAACCUCCAAAGCCCGAGAUUGCGCAAACGGUAAAGCCACAUGUUGCACAAACUGUGAAGCCGCCAUCUAAGACGCGGGGAUCUGUGCGCUCGUCCAACACAGCUGAGAAUGGCGAGUUGAAGAAAUGGUGGGACCAUGAGUGGACUAUGGACCAACUAGAAAACUCGGUCAAAGAAUUCCCUCGGAGCAUGCUGAGAUUAACCUCUCCGGUCAUCAUCCUCGUUCGGCAUAGCGAUGAAAAAGACAUCAUGCGGAGGUUCAGACAAAUCUUCCCCGACGCCGCGGAUAAUCUACUAGAUAGUCUCUGCGCGGCUCUCAUAGCACGAAAUUAUGUGCUCUCGUUAGCAUCCUCUAAACGAAAGACUGCCAUCUAUGGUCAUAAACCGAAACUAUCUCGCCUUGACACCGUUCCUGAGAGAGCGAGUGCGAUGUUGGGAGCUCAUAUUACUCCGUCAUCGCCAUCCCGAAUUAAAGAUAGGGUCCUGGGUUCUCGAAGUGGAGAACUUAAUAAAGGCUUAGAUCGGAUAAUUGACGAUCUGCUAUUUGCUAUUUGUGGCAAGAAGGACGACACAUUGAAGUCCGCCGUGCUUGUCUUAACCCAGGUCCUGGAGACCAAAACAUAGACUUUGUUUCCGUUUCGAUUAUAUACCCUCGCUUGAACCACGAUCACAAAUCCCAUCAUCU